AUGUGGGGCACCGGCUCCCCCCCCCAACAAGCAGAGCGCAGGGCACCGGCUCCCCCCCAACAAGCAGAGUGCAGGGUACCGGCUCCCCCCAACAAGCAGAGCGCAGGGCACCGGCUCCCCCCCCCAACAAGCAGAGUGCAGGGCACCGGCUCCCCCCAACAAGCAGAGCGCAGGGCACCGGCUCCCCCCAACAAGCAGAGUGCAGGGCACCGGCUCCCCCCCAACAAGCAGAGUGCAGGGCACCGGCUCCCCCCCCAACAAGCAGAGCGCAGGAGUGCAGGGCACCGGCUCCCCCCCAACAAGCAGAGUGCAGGGCACCGGCUCCCCCCCAACAAGCAGAGCGCAGGGCACCGGCUCCGCCCCCAACAAGCAGAGUGCAGGGCACCGGCUCACCCCCAACAAGCAGAGCGCAGGGCACCGGCUCCCCCCCAACAAGCAGAGCGCAGGGCACCGGCUCCCCCCAACAAGCAGAGUGCAGGGCACCGGCUCCCCCCCCAACAAGCAGAGUGCAAGGCACCGGCUCCCCCCACCAACAAGCAGAGCGCAGGGCACCGGCUCCCCCACCCCACCCCCCCAACAAGCAGAGUGCAGGGCACCGGCUCCCCCACCAACAAGCAGAGCGCAGGGCACCGGCUCCCCCCAACAAGCAGAGUGCAGGGCACCGGCUCCCCUCCCCCAACAAGCAGAGCGCAGGGCACCGGCUCCCCCACCCCACCCCCCAACAAGCAGAGUGCAGGGCACCGGCUCCCCCCACCAACAAGCAGAGCGCAGGGCACCGGCUCCCCCCCAACAAGCAGAGUGCAGGGCACCGGCUCCCCCCCAACAAGCAGAGCGCAGGGCACCGGCUCCCCCACCCCACCCCCCCAACAAGCAGAGUGCAGGGCACCGGCUCCCCCCCUAACAAGCAGAGCGCAGGGCACCGGCUCCCCCCCAACAAGCAGAGCGCAGGGCACCGGCUCCCCCCCCACCCCCCCCAACAAGCAGAGUGCAGGGCACCGGCUCCCCCCCAACAAGCAGAGCGCAGGGCACCGGCCCCCCCCCCAACAAGCAGAGUGCAGGGCACCGGCUCCCCCCCCAACAAGCAGAGUGCAAGGCACCGGCUCCCCCACCAACAAGCAGAGCGCAGGGCACCGGCUCCCCCCCAACAAGCAGAGCGCAGGGCACCGGCCCCCCCCCAACAAGCAGAGUGCAGGGCACCGGCUCCCCCCCAACAAGCAGAGUGCAAGAGUGCAGGGCACCGGCUCCCCCCAACAAGCAGAGUGCAGGGCACCGGCUCCCCCCCCCAACAAGCAGAGUGCAGGGCACCGGCUCCCCCCAACAAGCAGAGCGCAGGGCACCGGCUCCGCCCCCAACAAGCAGAGUGCAGGGCACCGGCUCACCCCCCAACAAGCAGAGCGCAGGGCACCGGCUCCCCCCAACAAGCAGAGCGCAGGGCACCGGCUCCCCCCCAACAAGCAGAGUGCAGGGCACCGGCUCCCCCCCAACAAGCAGAGUGCAAGGCACCGGCUCCCCCCACCAACAAGCAGAGCGCAGGGCACCGGCUCCCCCCCAACAAGCAGAGUGCAGGGCACCGGCUCCCCCCCAACAAGCAGAGUGCAAGGCACCGGCUCCCCCCACCAACAAGCAGAGCGCAGGGCACCGGCUCCCCCACCCCACCCCCCCAACAAGCAGAGUGCAGGGCACCGGCUCCCCCCACCAACAAGCAGAGCGCAGGGCACCGGCUCCCCCCCAACAAGCAGAGUGCAGGGCACCGGCUCCCCACCCCAACAAGCAGAGCGCAGGGCACCGGCUCCCCCCACCCCACCCCCACCCCAACAAGCAGAGUGCAGGGCACCGGCUCCCCCCCAACAAGCAGAGCGCAGGGCACCGGCCCCCCCCAACAAGCAGAGUGCAGGGCACCGGCUCCCCCCCUCCAACAAGCAGAGUGCAAGAGUGCAGGGCACCGGCUCCCCCCCCAACAAGCAUAGUGCAGGGCACCGGCUCCCCCCCAACAAGCAGAGCGCAGGGCACCGGCUCCCCCACCCCACCCCCCCAACAAGCAGAGUGCAGGGCACCGGCUCCCCCCCCCAACAAGCAGAGUGCAGGGCACCGGCUCCCCCCCCCAACAAGCAGAGUGCAGGGCACCGGCUCCCCCCCAACAAGCAGAGCGCAGGGCACCGGCUCCGCCCCCAACAAGCAGAGUGCAGGGCACCGGCUCACCCCCAACAAGCAGAGCGCAGGGCACCGGCUCCCCCCAACAAGCAGAGCGCAGGGCACCGGCUCCCCCCAACAAGCAGAGUGCAGGGCACCGGCUCCCCCCAACAAGCAGAGUGCAAGGCACCGGCUCCCCCCACCAACAAGCAGAGCGCAGGGCACCGGCUCCCCCCACCCCACCCCCCAACAAGCAGAGUGCAGGGCACCGGCUCCCCCCACCAACAAGCAGAGCGCAGGGCACCGGCUCCCCCCAACAAGCAGAGUGCAGGGCACCGGCUCCCCUCCCCCAACAAGCAGAGCGCAGGGCACCGGCUCCCCCACCCCACCCCCCCAACAAGCAGAGUGCAGGGCACCGGCUCCCCCCACCAACAAGCAGAGCGCAGGGCACCGGCUCCCCCCCAACAAGCAGAGUGCAGGGCACCGGCUCCCCCCCAACAAGCAGAGCGCAGGGCACCGGCUCCCCCACCCCACCCCCCAACAAGCAGAGUGCAGGGCACCGGCUCCCCCCCUAACAAGCAGAGCGCAGGGCACCGGCUCCCCCCAACAAGCAGAGCGCAGGGCACCGGCUCCCCCACCCCACCCCCCCAACAAGCAGAGUGCAGGGCACCGGCUCCCCCCCAACAAGCAGAGCGCAGGGCACCGCCCCCCAACAAGCAGAGCGCAGGGCACCGGCCCCCCCCCCAACAAGCAGAGUGCAAGGCACCGGCUCCCCCACCAACAAGCAGAGCGCAGGGCACCGGCUCCCCCACCCACCCCCCAACAAGCAGAGUGCAGGGCACCGGCUCCCCCCACCAACAAGCAGAGCGCAGGGCACCGGCUCCCCCACCCCACCCCCCAACAAGCAGAGUGCAGGGCACCGGCUCCCCCCACCAACAAGCAGAGCGCAGGGCACCGGCUCCCCCCAACAAGCAGAGCGCAGGGCACCGGCUCCCCCCCAACAAGCAGAGUGCAGGGCACCGGCUCCCCCCAACAAGCAGAGUGCAGGGCACCGGCUCCCCCCACCAACAAGCAGAGUGCAAGGCACCGGCUCCCACCCCCCAACAAGCAGAGCGCAGGGCACCGGCUCCCCCCAACAAGCAGAGUGCAGGGCACCGGCUCCCCUACCCCCCCAACAAACAGAGUGCAGGGCACCGGCUCCCCCCAACAAGCAGAGUGCAGGGCACCGGCUCCCCCUACCCCCCCAACAAGCAGAGUGCAGGGCACCGGCUCCCCCCCAACAAGCAGAGCGCAGGGCACCGGCUCCCCCCGCCCAACAAGCAGAGCGCAGGGCACCGGCUCCCCCCCACCAACAAGCAGAGUGCAGGGCACCGGCUCCCCCCCAACAAGCAGAGUGCAGGGCACCGGCUCCCCCCUCCCAACAAGCAGAGUGCAAGGCACCGCCCCCCCCCAACAAGCAGAGCGCAGGGCACCGGCUACCCCCAACAAGCAGAGUGCAGGGCACCCGCUCCCCCACCCCACCCCCCAACAAGCAGAGUGCAGGGCACCUCACAACAAGCAGAGCACCGCCCCCCCAACAAGCAGGAGGAACACAGUCUGACCUACAUGUACUGGGACUAG